AUGAGUUUCGCCAUCUACGACCUUGACGAGGACGUGCGCCGUCUUCUCAGUCUUGAUAACUUUCUAGAUGGCCUCUCAGUUCAUGAGUUUGUGGAGGAAUUGAGCAAAGACCAUAUCUUGAAGGGUCAAGAGGUCAAAAACCUCGAGUACUUGGAUCCCAAGCCGUACAUUCGUACAUUCGAGUCAACGCUUCGUCACUUGAAGCACUUGUCCGAGGAGUCUACCAAGGAGCUCAAGGAAACCGAAAAAGACGUGGAGGAGUUCGAAUUGCGUCACAGUGAACAGGUGCUCAAGUUGUCUGGUCAGGUUGAGAAGAUUGUCUCUCUGUUUGACGACUUGGACACGCUGAUUUCCCAUAUUUCUGAUGUCAUUGACCCAUUGAACCAGAAGCUUAACCGAAUCACCAACUCCCGUGACCGUUCGGUCGAUACCAUCUUCUUGAUUCGGUCCUACCACGGUUUCUAUACCAAGGAGAAGUACGAUCCACUUGAGAAGCUACGUACCGCCAGAGACACCGAGCUGAAGAUGAAGUGUGCCAGAACCGUGAAGAACCUUCUCACUUUGGCGAAAAAGAUCGACUCAAUGACGGGUAAUAUCCCCAAGGUGAGCAAGUGUGUUACUACAAUUGAGAAGUAUUCCGAGCUUCUCGAGCGUGGCCUCGUGGAAAGGUACGAACUAGCCAGCGAGGACUCCGAUUACGACGAAAUGCGGGAAAUUGCAACCAUCAUGUUUGAAUUCAACGGCGGUGCCAGUGUGGUUCUGGCUUUCAUGAACAAGAGUGAUAUAUUCAACGAGGCAGAACAAACCGAGGACGAAGAGGAGGGCGUGUCCAUUUUGGAAGAUGAGGCGAUCUGGACGAAGCUCGCUGAUCCCAACUUCCAAGUGCAUAGUCUCUUUGACGACGAAAAGACUCAGAUUCUCCUUGACAGACUCAAGAUUUCCAUUCGUGGCCAGCUGAGAGUCAUCCAACAGGUUUUUGAGAAGCCUGUGCCAGUGCUCAAAAUGCUCCUUCAGCGUAUCUACGCCCAGAUGAUCAACAACAAGGUCUCCACUCUUUUGCUGUAUUCGCUGCCUCAUGGACCUUUGGUCCACGUUCGUCUCCUACAUGCCUUGUACGUUCUUGUGGGCGACUUCACCAAGGAUAUGAAGGAGUACUUCUCUCUCAACGAUUACGAUGAGAACAAUGAACUUGCAGUGACUUUGGACCAGUCCUACUACGAUUUGUUUAUUGAUUAUCUCUCGGAUGAUACAUACUUCCGCAUGGAGAAGGACAUGUUGGAGCGUUAUAUUUUCUUCCUUGCUACAAGGUUCACCGAAUUCAACGAAAAGGCCAUCACGAAACGUUCCCUUGAAGAUGCUCUUCAGGAAUGGGAAAACCAAAACAACCAAAUUGCUAGCAAUGGCCUAAUAUCAGGCGAUCCUAAUGCCGGUGAAAAGCACAUGUUCCACUUCAUCAAGCGUAAGCGUCUUGACAAAUUUAAAGACUUUAUGAAAAUGCAUCUACCAGAAAGACCGCUUUCGACUCGGGAGUCAGCGGAUGUGGCCCAAAGAAAAACAGAAUACAUGGAGUUUGGUGAAGUCAACAUCACCAAAGUCCAACAGAUUAUCAAACUUGCCAUCGAGGCCAUUGCGAGAAUCUUGGAGCUCGCCCCGCAAAAGUCUGCUGAAUACUCUCUUGAAGUGCUUGAAAUCCUUCUUUUGGAUUUUGGUGGACUUUACAUUGGUGGUGGCCUUGAGGUUGCUUUUGACAGAGCCAAGUUCGAGCUUUCCGUUGCUGGACUGAAGCCUGAGUGUGACCUCGAAUUCAUGAAAACAUUCAACUUGACGACGGAGGUUUUGCGUCUUCUAUCAUCUUGCAUCAAGAAAAUCAUACUUCCUUGUGCUGUCAACAGCCCUGCCAUCAGAAACAGGAUGAUCAGUUUGACCAACAACUAUGUCGCCCGGUGCGAGAAGAGUUUGAACUUGAUCUUAGCGGCCACUGUUGAGCUCGUCACCGAGAAGCUCACAUCAAUUUUGCAAAAACAGAAAAAGAAGGAUUUUGUCUGUGAUGAUACAAGCAUGAGUAACAAGGUGUACACGGAUGUCUGUGAGGAAGUCACAACUUUCUUAGACAAUGUCUACGAGUACCUUUCAAAGUACUUGAACAACGAAAACUUAAGAGAUGUGUUGAUCAAAAUUGGUAUGAUUUCAUUGGAGCUUUUGCUUGAUCACUUCAAGAAAUUCCAAGUCAAUUCCAAUGGUGGUCUUGUUUUAACACAAGAUGUGAUCAACUAUCAGUCUGUUAUUGAUACUUGGGAGAUUCCUGAGCUCACAGAAAACUUCCAGAUUCUUAAGGAAAUCAGUAACUUGUUCACCGUGCAACCAAACUUGAUCAACUCAUUGAUCACGGAGGGUCACUUGGCCAAGUUGAAGAUCUACACUGUCAGACAGUACAUCUCCAAGAGAACAGAUUUUUCUCCAAACUACCUUGAGCGUUUCUUUGGACGCAAAUAA